CAGGUUUGUUUGUGUGAAAAGCGCUGAGUGUCAGAGUGUUGCCACAUUUGCGAACACGUUCUAGUGUCACUUGUAGCCGCUGGCAUUAGUUAUGAACAAUAUCAAAGACGGCUGGUUCACGGAAACAUGCACCUUAUGGCCCGGACAAGCCAUGAGUCUGCAAGUGGAAGACGUUCUUUAUCACAAGAAGUCCAAAUUUCAAGAUGUUAUGGUUUUCAAGAGUAAAACGUACGGGAACGUGUUGGUGCUCGAUGGCGUUAUCCAGUGCACCGAAAGAGAUGAGUUUGCUUAUCAAGAGAUGAUUGCCAACCUUCCACUGUGCUGCCAUCCUUCUCCCAAAAAGGUGCUCAUUAUCGGCGGUGGAGAUGGUGGUGUACUUAGAGAAGUGGUGAAACAUCCGCUGGUUGAAUCUGUAGUUCAGUGUGAAAUAGAUGAGGAUGUCAUUAAUGUCUCGAAAAAGUACCUCCCAGGCAUGGCCAAAGGGUUUUUCAGUUCCAAACUUACCCUUCACGUUGGAGAUGGAUUUGAGUUUAUGAAGCAGAAUCAGGAUGCCUUCGAUGUCAUAAUAACGGAUUCCUCGGAUCCUGUCGGCCCUGCUGAGAGUUUGUUCAAGGAAUCUUACUAUCAGCUGAUGAAGACAGCUUUGAGAAAUGGUGGAAUCCUUUGUUGCCAAGGAGAGUGUCAGUGGCUCCAUUUGGAGCUGAUAAAAGAAAUGCGAACCUUCUGUAAGACCCUGUUCCCUGUGGUGGACUAUGCCUACUGCACCAUUCCAACAUAUCCCAGCGGCCAAAUCGGGUUCAUGCUCUGCAGUAAAAAUUCUGAAACAAAUUUCCGAGAACCACUGAAAGAACUGUCAAAAGAAGACGUGGAAGCCAUGAAUUUUAAAUAUUACAACCUUGAAAUUCACAAAGCGUCAUUCAUCCUUCCCGAGUUUGCAAGAAAGGUGCUGAAUGAUGUAUAAUGUGCGGUGGGGAAAAGGCUGCCAUAUUCAUCUCAGACCCAGUCCAGCUUCAGGGCAGAACACACCCAAAUUGUUGCAUGAAGGAGGGCAAACAUCAGAAUUGGGUUGGUGGAAAUGUGCAGAGUUGCAGUUUGUUCUGUUACUCUAUUUCAAGUCUUAAAACCUUUUGUUUUGCUUUUUAAUUUUUGUAACUUUUGUGAUCCUCCUGUGUAGAAGAAUUAGGCGGGUUGAUUACGAUCAUACUUAACCUCACAUUGAAAUGCUGCACUAGUUAUUGGAGUCACUGCUUUUGCGUAGUGUGUAAUAUGCAGUUAGUUACAUGCUUGGUGUGUGUAAUUUAUUGCUGCACUUUAGUGUUUAUUUUUCAUUUCAGUUUAAAUUAAUUGAAUUUUGGUUAACUGUCGGUAAA